GCGAAGCUUUGUGCUGAAGAAGCUCCAGCGACGGGCGCGUUCUCCAUCGCGGAAUCCCAGCUUCCGGCGCGCCGCCCGGAGCGGUCGGAACGCGCAGGCGCCCUAGCCCAUGUCGGCUUCUCCCGGUUUCAGUGGUUAGGCCUGGAUCCGGAGCCGCCUUGAGGCGGGGCUGGGCCUUCCCGGCGGCCAAUGGCGCCCCGGGUGGGGGUCGAGGGGUGGGAGGUGCUGGGCCGCCUGAGGUGCAGAGCUCCUCCAGCGCGUGUGUCCGGCCGCCCGGUCGUCAUGGAGGAGGAGGAGGUCUUGGCUGAAGAGCUGGAUGAUGAAGAGAAGCUGGUGAGAAGGCAUCGGAAGGAGAAGAAGGAGCUGCAAGCCAAAAUUCAGGGAAUGAAGAACGCUGUUCCCAAAAACGACAAAAAGAGGAGGAAGCAACUCACAGAAGAUGUUGCUAAAUUGGAGAGAGAAAUGGAGCAAAAACACAGGGAAGAACUGGAACAGUUGAAGCUCACUUUCAAGGACAGUAAGACAGAUUCUGUUGCUGUUAACAUUUCAAACUUGGUACUUGAGAGUCAACCACCUCGGAUUUCAAAAGCACAAAAGAGACGGGAAAAGAAGGCUGCAUUGGAAAAGGAGCGGGAAGAAAGGAUAGCUGAGGCUGAAAUUGAGAACUUAUCUGGAGCCAGACAUCUUGAGAGUGAAAAACUUGCUCAAAUAUUGGCAGCCAGAGAAUUGGAAAUUAAACAUAUUCCAUCUGACGGUCAUUGUAUGUAUGGAGCACUUGAGGAUCAGCUGAGAGAACAAGACUGUGCUCUCACUGUGGCUACCCUGAGGAGGCAGACUGCUGAGUACAUGCAGAGCCAUUCAGACGACUUCCUGCCGUUUUUAACAAACCCCAGUACAGGAGAUAUGUAUACUCCAGAAGAGUUUGGAAAGUACUGUGACGAUAUUGUAAACACAGCGGCAUGGGGCGGUCAGCUUGAGCUAAGAGCGCUGUCUCACAUCUUGCAAACACCAAUCGAGAUACUACAGGCAGAUGCCCCUCCUGUUAUAGUUGGUGAAGAGUAUCCGAGGAAUCCAUUAGUACUAGUAUACAUGAGGCAUGCGUAUGGCUUAGGAGAACAUUAUAAUUCUGUUACACGGUUGGUGAACUCAGCUACUGAAAAUUGCAGCUAGUUUACAAAAUGUUACACUGUUUAUAGAGUGUGCCAGUCUACCAAGUGCUAGAUUGUUGUAAGUGCUACUGAAAAACACAUCUACCAUAAAUGAGUUUUAUGAAUAAGCUUACCAACAGGCUUUUUAGAAAUAUAUUGGAUUAACUUCAACCAGUGCUCUCUUAGUGGCAGAAAAGUCUAUUGUGGAGAAUGUCAUUCAUAGACCAAGGCGUUACUCUUCGCACUGAUUAAUUUUAGCUGUCCUGCACAUUCUGGUUUGGAAUAAAUUUUGUUUUAAAUUUUGGCCCUACAAUUUUGUGUUCCAAAAGUAAAGAUUUCAAUUUAAUUUUUCUUAAAAGUAUGGAGACUUGGUCUCUGUCAUAAUAGGAAUAUAUUGUGGUAACAGCAGGUUUAUCAGUGCUUAUAAAGUCUCGUGAUCCCAGGGACUUUGGUAUUACUAGGGUCAGCAGUGUAGGUAUGCUUUUUAUGCAGCAUAUCUUUGCUGCUAAGAAGAAACUGCUUCAGUAGUUAAGAAUUUUUGAAUACUUACAUGAGAAUCAUUAUACAGAAAUGAAAUGAAAUCAGUGGUAAAUAGGUGUUAAUUGUGUCAAUUUUCAAUCUUUCUGACAAACUGGAGAUUUCCCUUUUAUGUAUGUGUAGCUUUAAAAGUUUGUAACUCCUGCAUUGCUGGUUUUUCAGCCAGAGGCUGGAGUUAGAGUUGAACCUUGUUUCUCUUCACAACUCAGAAUUUUUAGACUUUCCCCAACACUACCCAGCUGCUUUGCUUUCUCUAGAACCUUUCCUACCGAGAGGCAUCCAUCCAGUGGCCUCUUGUUGCUCACCUGUGUAAGGGGAUGCUGGAGUAAUGCAGAAAGGCCAUGGCCACAUUCCCUUUUUAAGUCUUCCCCCUUUCUAGCUGUCCCAACAAGAUCUCUGCUUGUGCUCACUUUCUAGGAUUCAGUGAAAACCCUGGAUACAAAUUAUUUUGUUACAUAAUGUAUCACUUUUUUCACUCAAAUGUUUGAUGAUUAUAUUUUAUGUAUAGGAAAAGCUGAAAGUUCAGAAGCGGGAGCUGUGUGGUAAAGUCAGUACAGAGGAAUUCUAUGUGGAGCGACUCACACUGCUCAGAUUUGAAGUCACUUUGUAAGAGGGUUGUGCCCACACACAAGUGUGUUUGCUUUUCUUAUGGAACAGAGGAACAUGCGAUGGGAACACAGCUCUAGUAGAGCUUGCCUACCGUGCGUGAGCUCAAGGUUCAAUGUAGCACCUACAAAACACAACAGUUUAUGAAAAUGAGCUUUGUUGUGAUCUGUUUUUUUGCAAGUUAGAAAUAUAACUAAGUUGAACAUGUUUAUAAUAUUUGGGCUAUGUAUACUGUCUGUGAGCAAAUAAUGGGCUUAUGAUGUUAAAAGCAGGUAACAGUGUGGCAAGCUGGCAGAAACUGGUCAGCAGAGCAAGGACUUUGGGAGAGCAUUCCAGCUGACUAAAACAUACUCUGCCUGACACACACUGCGUUCGGAAGGGUGUCUGCUUUGGAACUUUUGAUCCUUUUUUAUUCUGAAAUUUGUAAAAGCAUAAAGUUGUAAAGUAAAUGUUAUGAGCUUAUUUUAAAGCAAUGUUAUCUUCAUCUUUAUACUAUCAGCCUUAAGGAGUAAUAAAACAAAACAUUAUGAAACAGUUAUUGAAAAUUCCAUUUUCAACAAAGAUACUCCAAAAACAACUCAUUAAUGUUUCAUUGUUUUGACAGGAAUUCAAAUGUACUUAAUUAUGUAUUUCUCAUUUUUGUUUAAAUGUUUUAUUUUAAGAUGGCCAGUAUAUUUAUGAAUAAAAUGUAUGGCCCACUUCUACCAUUUUAGCGAUAAGUGGAAAAGUCUUUUAAAAAUGGUAGAUGUUAAUUUUAAAACAAUGUAUGCAAAUUAAGUUUGCUACUGCUGGUCUGAUGGGACUUCCACAAGCUUUCUUUAGUCAUGAUUGAGAACAUUUAUGUCAAAAUUCUAGAUGUGUCUUCAGCCAAGAAUUUUCUCUACUUACAUAUAUUUAUAGCCUGUAAAAACUAAAACAAAGAAUGUGUAACUGUUAUGAGCAAGAUAAUUUUGCUAAUAUGACCUGAUGUUUACCAAAAGAAUAAAUGAUAAAGGAGUUGAAUCAACA